AUGCCUUCAACUGUAUUAAACCUACCAACUUUAUCAAGAAGCGCCUCUACUGGAAAAGCCCAAUAUGUUAUCGGUAUUUGUGCCAUGGAUAAAAAGGCUAGGUCAAAGCCUAUGCGAUAUAUUUUAGACAGAAUGCUGGCGUACGGAGAUUUUGAAGUAGUGAUUUUCGGUGACAAGACAAUUAUUGAUGAAGAGGUCGAGAAUUGGCCUGGCUGCGAUUUCCUGUUGUGCUUCUUCUCGGCGGGAUUUCCACUUGACAAAGCUAUCGAGUAUGUGAAACUUCGUAAGCCAUUUACUGUGAAUGAUGUGUGUAUGCAAUCAUUGUUAUGGGACCGUCGUAUUGUCCUGGCUGUAUUAGAUGCUGUUGGUGUGCCCACUCCACCUCGUCUUGUGAUAUCGCGUGAUGGAGGAGCCAAAGUAGAUCCUGAAGCAGCACGUGCCUUUCAUCAAGUCUCUGGUAUGGAUAUUCAUCGCAUAAUGGGAAAAUACACAAAAAACACAAAACAUGUCCAUAUUUCUCAAGAUGGAAUUGAAGUGGAUGGUGCAUUUCUUCCCAAAACCUUUUUGGAAAAACCUGUAGACAGCGAAAAUCACAACAUCAAUAUUUAUUACGACAAAGAGCGUGGAGGAGGAGGAAGACGUUUGUUUAGGAAGAUUGGUAACAAAUCAAGCGAAUUUGACCCCAAUUUGAAUAUUCCAGCUGAAGAGGAUUCUUGGAUUUACGAGUCAAUGAUGGUCACCGAGAAUAGCGAAGAUGUCAAAGUCUACACUGUUGGCGCAACCUACGUCCAUGCUGAAACCAGAAAAUCACCAACUGUAGACGGAUUAGUCAAGCGCAACACCGAAGGAAAAGAGAUCAGAUAUGUGACCGAGUUGACCGCAGAAGAAAAGCAAAUUGCUGCCAAAGUGUCAAAGGCUUUUGGACAAAUGAUUUGCGGAUUAGAUCUACUUAGAGUCAAAGGAAAGUCCUAUGUGAUUGAUGUCAAUGGUUGGAGCUUUGUAAAGGGAAAUGAUCACUACUAUGACCAAUGCGCCAAAUUGUUGAGCGAGGCUUUUCUUCGCUCUGUUCAAAGGCGACCAUCAACCACGAUUCACGAUAUUCCUCGAGAAAUUCUUCCUGAAAAUUCGUGGAGACUUAAAGGUUAUGCUGCUGUAUUCCGUCAUGGUGACCGCACGCCCAAAAACAAACAUAAAAUCUCACUCGUCGCACAGCCUUUCAUUGAUCUCUUGGAAGGAAGCACACAGGAAGUCGUUUUCCGUCAGAAACAUCAACUACAGUUGGUCACUAACGCCAUUAACCAAUGUUUGGAGCAAAACUUGGAAGAGGAGAGCAAACUGAUGGCAUUAAAGGAGAUUUUGGAAAAGAAGAGCGAAUUACCAGGCACCAAGGUGCAAGUAAAGCCAAUUUUCGACAAAGAAUCCAAUCUGCUUCGAAAGUUGCAAGUCAAUGUUAAAUGGGGGGGUGAAUUUACACACGCUGGGCUACAUCAAUCUCGAGAUUUGGGCGAGAAUCUUCGAAAAGACAUGAAAAUUCUUAACAAACAUGUUACAGACGACAUCAAGAUCUGGAGUAGUUCAGAGCGUAGAGUUCGUGCAACAGCUGAUGUGUUUACUCGUUAUUUUCUCGGAAGACCAGAGUCAAUUGAUGGCGUUAUUUCUGAGAGCAAAUACUUGCUUGACGAUAGCAAUGCUGCCAAGGAACAAAUGGAUGCAGUCAAAAAGCAGCUCAAGUCAUUGCUUCGUCCUGGAUAUGAAAUUCCCACUAUUCUGCUCGCUCAAUGUGGCUGGCCAGCCAACAUGGCGCAACCUCAUAUUAUUUUGCAAGAAGUGUCUACCAUCAUGGGCCGUCUGCGAACUGUCAUGCGGCUGAAUUGGGCAUCUAAAGAUGUAGACGAAUUGCAACGCCGUUGGUGCUGCUUUGAAUCACCUAAUCUGUUCAAGGAACGAUGGGAAAAAAUGUUCAACACUUUUUGCGUUAACCAAGUCAAUGAUAGUAGCGAUUCUGAUGUGAAAAAAGAGUCCUCAUGCCCUGAUCCUUCUGGUAUCCCCGAAUUGUACGACUCUCUCAAGUAUGAUGCGUUGCAUAAUCGCCAAUUUUUAGAAGCUAUUUUCAGUGAUCCAGAGACAUCCCGAGUGGCUACACCUACCGAGGACCACGGCAGCACCAGCUCAGAUACUAGCUACAGAUCUUCCACAGAGACGUCAGAAGUAAUCAGCGAUGAUCUUCGUAAUUUGUAUGCUUAUGUCCGAGUACUUUUCAAUUUUGUGGCCCCUCAAGAAUACGGCAUCAGCGAAAAAGAGAAAAAGACCAUUGGCAUGCUGAUUGGGCUACCUCUACUCAAGAGCAUUUUGCACGAUAUGGAAGAUUUCAAGACAUCUGAGAAGCCAAAAACAAGGCUUUAUUUUACUAAAGAAUCACAUGUACAUGCACUUCUCAAUCUAGUAUAUCUCUCUGGUUUACCAACCAAAUUUCCACGCCCCAUUCUACCUGAAUUAGAUUUCUUGACUCAAAUUACAUUCGAGUUGUACGAAAGAAACAGACACAACGGAUCAGAAAAAGAAUAUUCGCUUCGCAUUGCUUUUAGUCCUGGCGCACAUUAUGAUUCCGUACUUGAUCUGCGCAUGGAUGCUGAACAUUGUUUGAAAGUGGCACCGAGAAAAAAUUUGAUCCCUCAUUUGUCAUUAGACGAAGUCUUACAGUAUUACAAAACUGCGUAUCUUAGAAUCCCUGAAUUAGCAGCUAUAGAAAGACAAAUCGACGAAAGAAAACUAUAUUACGCUCAAGAAGACAACCAGUAA